GACCAGAUCAUGGGUGCCCUGAUUGGCGACAAGGGCAAGCCGCCGUCCUUCGGCAACGUGAAGAAGCCGGACUAUUUCGACUGGAGUUUCAAGUUCAAGGCCUUCAUAGGCAACCAGAGCAGGAAGGCGCUGGAAGGCAUGAAUCAGGUGGAGUAUAGCCAGAACGCGCUGGACUACGGCAACUACGACGACGAGCGGCGGCAGAUGCCACACAGCUUGUAUUCCAUGCUCACGAUGUACACAGAGGGCACGAGGCUGAGCUACCAGUGCGACCCGCAGAACAUGGGUAGCAUCCUCUUUCGGCUGAUGAAGGUGUUGGAGUUCGAUUUCGGCGGCGAGUCGGAGUUCCUGGACAACCUCGCAAAGUUCGAGAACCUGAUCGAGGAGUACGAGAAGUUGUCCAAGGAGGCCCUCAGCGACAACAUCCGCUCGGCGGUGCUGAUCGAAGACAUCCAGUGGAACACGAUCAAGAAGGUCACGUCAUACUACCUGCUGACGAAGCAGUCCAUGCCUGGAGGACCGGCGCCGAUGGGCGUCGGCUGGACUCAAACAGGCGGCAAGUGGGACCGACGGCCUGGCAAGUACGGCGACUGGAAAGGCGACAAAGGUAGAGACUCAAAAGGCAAGGGUAAGGACUCGAAAGGCAAAGGCGCGGACAAAGGCGACAAGGGCGGCGAGGUUGAUGGCAAGCCGGAGUUCCAGGGACACUGCGGUCGAUGCGGUAAGUGGGGCCACAAGCAGAAGGGCUUCUACGCCAAGAUCAACGAGGUGGACACGGGCGACUGGAGCAGCUGGAACGUGGGCUGGAACACCGACGGCUGGGGCAAGAGCUGGCGUGGCCAGCAGAUCCAGGGCCAUGGCGACCCCGCCCCAGCGCAGCCCAGCAAGGAGACCACCGCUGCUGCGGCAACGACCGCGUCGGUCGAGUGCCAGGUGUGCGGCGACGAGUCGGCCUGGAUUUUCGCGGUCGCCACGUACGACGGCUCUAAGGGCACGCGCGUGGGACAGGUGGUCGACGCGAUGGUCGACGCGGGCGAGAAUCGGUCGGUGUGCGGUCCGCAGGACUUCCCAGACUACCCGAUCAUCCAGGACACGAAGCUGGAGAUCAAGGUCGCGACUGGGGCGAAUAUCAGGCACUACGGCGACAAGCAGGUGAACCUGAGGGCGGAGUCUGACGACGAAAUCAAUGUGAAGAUCCACGUGACAGAUGUGACGAGGCCGAUCCCGAGCGUGACCAGCAUCAAUAUUGCAGGUGCUGGAGUGGAGUUCCCGCCAUCCAGUGCGAGGGGCUCGGCUUCGAUCACGAGGGAUUCGAAGAGCGGGCGACAGCGGCUUGGGCUGAUUACGGCGUUCGGGCUGUUGUUCCUGCGCGCGACGGUCAUGGCCUGCGCGGGGGCGAAGCACGGAGGGCACGGUCUGGUCGUCAACGUCGCGGCCACGGACGACGCGACCCCGUUCUCGGUGCAGGAGGUCGACCAGCCCAUCGAGCCGGCUGCGAGGCCGGAGGCUACGGCGGUGACAGCGCCGAGAGAAUCUACGAAGGCGGAGAGGGAGGCCCACGAGGCGCGUCGUGACGAGAAGGCGCACCCAGUCAUGAACGCGAUAAACAGCGCAUACCACGCUGCGGCUUCAGUCUGGUGCGAGGCGAAGGGCAGUGGAGACACGUUUGUGGUUAAAUGCCUCCAGCGCUACGUGGAGAAGCUGGGGCGCGAGAAGGCGAUCGCGCAGUGCGGCCCCGAGAACGCGGCCAAGGAUGCGGCGAUCAAGGUUGCCCGGGAUGUCGGCAACAAGGCCAUCGGGGGCAAGUACGGGAUCGCGAUUGAGCUGGGGCGCCCGAUCAUGGCAUGGAUCGCGCGCCACGCGUCGUGGACACACGAUCGGUUCCUGGUCCACCGCUCGGACUACAAGACGUCGCUCGAGCGCCAGAACGAGAAGCACUACGAUAAGAAAGUCGCACCCCUUGGCGAGGCGGUGAUGCGGAGACAGCCUGGGCCCAUCGCGGCGAAGUUCGAGACCGCGUGGGGCUGCGGGAUCCACUCGGGGAGGUCGCUCGAGGGCGACGCCCGCAUCUGCGGGGCGCGCCGGGGCAUCAUCAUGGCGAGGUCCGCGCGGGGGCUCGUGGAGAGCGAGCGCUGCGACAAGCAGCUGCCCCUGGCCAUGCGAGGCACCCCCUCGGACCUGAAGGCGGCCGACGCGUCGGACGCCGAGCCCGCCCCCGAACCCGAGAGGGCGGCGGGGAGCGUGGAGCCGCAGAGCGCGGCUGGCAAGAUAUCCAGCGACGACGGCGGCGCGCCUGCAGGGGGCGAGGCGCCGCCCACGGAGAGGAAUAUCGGCGCGGUGACGAUCGCCAACGUGACGGAGCUGGGCUACCCUGGUGGCGCCGAGCUCCACGCCCCUUGCGAGCUCGACCCGAACUUCGAGCUGCUGGAGGAGGCCUGCUACGACGACGAUGACGGCGAGCACCUCGAUCCGAACAAGGCCCACGAGGGGGCCAAGAGGGGGGCCAACUGCAUGGGGCCCCUCGGCGUCGGGGGCCCCGCGCCGCGCCCGCGCGACAAAGAGGUGUGGGGCACGAGGUGGCGCCACCGCAAGAAGGGCGAGGGCGCGCGGAGCAGGUUCGUCGCGAGGCAGUUUCAGGACGCGCAGGCGGGCGACUUCAUCGCCUGCGCUCCGAGGACGGAGGCCGUGAGGACGCCGAUGGCGGCGGCGCUGCUGCUCAAGCGCGCGGCCGCGACGACGGACUUCAGCGCGGCCUUCACGCGCGCGCCCGUGAAGGACGGGGCGGGGAUCUACGUGGAGAUGCCGCCUGCGGAGCCCGCCAUAUACCAUCACAUCGAGAAGGGGGUCAGGGUUGUAGUCCACGCGGACGAUCCUCUUGCCCCUGGUCCAGCGCGGCGCGUUCUCGACGAGUUAUUCGACAAGCUCGCGGAGCACCUCGUGAUCAUGGGCCGCUUCGUCCUGGGCGAGGAACCCGUGAUCUACCUCGGCUCGUCGCUGCAGCGGUUCGGCGACGUGAUCGUGGAGAAGAGCAAGCCUGGGCGCGUGGAGAGCGCCCUCGAGGCCGCGGGGAUGACCGGCUGCCGGCCUGUGGGCACGGCAGGCGCCAGGCCAGACCUGACCGAGCCUGGCGCAAAGGAACCGCUCAACAGCGAGGAGCACUCGCUGUAUCGGCUGGACGUGAUGUACCCGCUGAGGCAGCUCGGUUGGCGGCUGAGCGAGCCGCGGAAGGCCGACGUGAAGUGCCUGAAGCACCUCUUCCGCUACCUCAACGGGACCCGCGACAUGGCGAUGGUCCACCGCGCUUCCAAUGACUGGAAGCGACUCCGAGGUAGCACCGACUCGGACUGGGCAGGAUGCCACGAGAGCAGGAAGUCGACCUGCUGCGGGAUCGUGCGCUGGUGCGGUGCGGCCAUAAGCUCGCACGUUCGCACGGAAUCGGCGCUGGCCCAGUCGAGUCCCGAGGCCGAGUACCUAGGAGCAGUGGAGUUGGCGGCGGAAGUGCUCUACGUGCGGGAGAUCGUUCGCUUCAUGGGUUUCGACGCGUCGAUGGAGAUCGAGUGCGACGCGACAUCCGCCAUCGCCAUCGCCACGCGACGCGGACUCGGACGCCCACGACAUCAUGAGGUGAAGUGGCUCUGGCUUCAACAGCUUGUUGGCACGGGCCAGAUCAAGAUCGCGAAAGUGAAGGGCAUCGAGAAUGCCCCAGACGUUGGCACGAAGUUCCUCUGCAAGGCGGCGCUCGAAAAGUGCAGGUCCAUGCUCGGCCUGGCGGCGGUCGACGGGUUCGGCAGCGCGGUGGUCGCGGCGCUGAGCGCGGGGAGAUCGGCGCGAUUCCUGGCGACUCUCAUGAUUCCUGUGAGCGGCGCGAGAGCGGAACCUGACCAAGACAGAGGAGGACUCGAGCCGCUCAUGAUGGUCAUGCUCGCCUGGACCCUGAGUUGCGUCAUCAUCGGUCUGCUGUUCGGCUACCUGCGCGCGCACUUCAGAGCAUGCACGACGAAAGCGACGACGCCGACGGGACCGACUGCGUCGAGUUUCUCUACGGAGAUGCCGACGGAGCUGACGGUCGAGACGACGACGGCGGGGGCGACGGAGCCGACGUCAGUACCACCACCUGUGACCUGGGAGGGCGUCCUCGAAUGCAGCUGGUAUACCACCUCGACGUGGUAA